AGUUUGGGAAAGAAUCCCAGGAAUUUGUUUCCUGUGAAAUUUGGCACGACGAGAGAACAUAACUGAGGGCCCAGCACAGAUUGCAUUCAACAAGUUGAGUUCCACCACGAUGGGCUCAUACAACAGUCCUCUUGAAGAUGGAGCGGGAACAAAGAUGAGGACACAGCGCUGGGUGUAGAGCGGGGAGAUUUUGUCAGGAAUUACCCGCUUCCCCAAAUCACUCAGGGCAGGCAAGACGCACAUUACGGGGUUUCAGUCAUGGCUGAACCCUUGCUAAAGCGGACCUUCUCUCGGCUGCGGGGAAAAGAUAGAUCUCGGCGGAAAACGGACCCCAAACUAAAUGGUAAAUACCUUCAGGGGACUAGUGAUGUCAUCCAGAGCUCUUCAUCUUCCUCGUUGUCAACGUUGAUGACAGCAGAGACCGAACCCCCGACCCCGCCCGCCGAGGAGACCAGCACCAGUCAACGGACUCAGAUAACAGUAGCCAAGAAACAGCAGUGGGCAAAACUGGCCUCCGUACCCAGAGAGCCAGCACCUCCCAGCACAGAGGGCGCUCACACACACGGCCUGGUCUACGGGGCAGGGGACUGGGAUAGCUGCUCAGGAAAGGCCCUGGCCUCUGCCCCGAAACAGGCCUGGAGCCAGAAGACUUUAGCAGAGGCAGGGCUGGACAGGAGGAGAUGUGGUGACCUUGACUGGGAGCUUCAGACACACUGUAGCACCUCCUCCCGUAACAUCCCGCCCCCUGUCCACACACCUGUCCCAGAGCUGACCAUGCCUGUAGGAGGGUACGCUGAUGAGUGUCUCUCCUCGUCCAGUACGCUGAAGUCCUCCGGGUCGGGGGCAUACCUCCAGACACUGGACAGGAGCAGCCGAGCCUGGGUGCUGUCCACAGGAAAGAGCCAGGCUGCAGAUGAGGCCUCCACGCGUCUAGGCCUUCUCCCCAACUGCCUCACUGAACUGAGGCAACGCACAGAAGGGGAGAACAACAUUUGGUACAACCCUAUUCCAGAGGAAGAGGAUAUAUUGCUCGGUAUUAGACGUUUAGGGGGAGCAGGGGGGGGGGGUGUCAGGUUGGACACAGAAAACCCUUGGAAACGGCGAGAGACGGAGGGGCUGUCGGACUACACAAAAGACUCCCAGGUGAGGAGCCAGCGGUGGGCAGGGUUAUUGGGAAGCACUGGUGGCAGUGGCGGGGCAUCACGGUUAGAGCGCCAUGCCACCCAGUGCCCGUCAGGCGGCUCCAGCCCGGGCAGUGCCCAUCGGACCAAAGACAUCACAGGAGACGGCUCAUUCUGUGGCACCAAGGACCGAGACAGUCCAGAUGUGAUUCAACAGGUUCAGUUUGAUGACCUGCGUUCUGCGGGGGCUGCAUUAGGGGGCGUCCCGGGAGCUGCGGGGGACGCCCCUCUCACCUCCGACAUCCCUGGGGCCCAGAAGAAAGGGGGCGGGGCGAGCAGCGUCAUGGACAGGAUCAAAUCCCCAGGAACGGUCCGGAAGUCCCUGUCCAUGAAGAUGAAAAAACUCCCCGAGCUCCGCCGCAAACUCAGCCUGCGCUCCUCCCGCUCCCACCGGCACGGAAAGGAUGGAGCGGGUGGAGGAGGAGGUGGGGACAGGGGUGGAGAUGGCACCUCACCACCCGACGUCCGCAAGGAGCAGUCCAACGAGGUGAUCAGCCGCUACCACUUGGACACAUCGGCCCCGGCCCGGCCACAGAGGCGCUCCUCCAGGGGGCGCUCCUCCAGGGCCGCCAGUAAGGGGGGCUACCUCAGCGACGGAGACUCGCCCGAGCUGCUCCCCAAACAGGGCCAGGGGCAACCCCCGUCCGCCCACAGCACCCCCCCUCCAGCCCCGCACUCCGGCCAGGAGGGGGUGGCCACGACCUCUGACCUGAGCUCGUUCCGCGUCUACCGGGUGUCUGAGCAGCCGCGCUGCGCCCAGCGGGUCUCCGGCCUGCUGACGGUGCACCUCGUCGGGGUGGAGGAGCUGCUGAGGUCCCCGAGACAGGACGCCAGCAAGGAGGUGUUCUGUGCCAUCCAGGUGGACGGGGUGACCAAGGCCAGGACCGGACUGCUGACCUCCCGGGGGGGCUGUCUGCCCCUCAACCACACCUUUAAUCUGGAGCUGGAGAGGGCCAGGGUGCUGAAGCUGGUGGUGCUCACACCUCAUCCGGGAGCUACGAAGGGCAGCGACUCCGGGGCAACCAGGAACCGGGUCUGCUGUCUGGGGGCCGUGUCUAUACCCCCUCUUUUCAAAGCCUCUCGCACCCAGCAGCUCUGCGUGAGCUUGGAGCCCCGGGGUCUGUUGUACGUUAAACUGACCCUGCUGGAGCAGUGGGACCCCCCGUCCCCCCGCCCGUGUGACCUCAACCCCCCCAAUGUGUUCGGAGUGGAGCUGUGCCACCUGGUGGACAAGGAGGACACUGCUGCCCCCAUUCCCCUGCUCAUCCAGAAGAGUGUGGCAGAGAUUGAGAAGAGAGGCCUGAGGGUGGUGGGUCUGUACCGUCUCUGUGGUUCAGCCGCUGUGAAGAAGGAGCUGAGGGAUGCGUUUGAGAGGGACAGCGCUGCCGUCACCCUAAACGAAGAGCUCUACCCAGACAUCAACGUCAUCACCGGCAUCUUGAAGGACUACCUGCGGGAGCUGCCGUCCCCCCUCAUCACAAGGACCCUGUAUGAGGUGGUUCUGGAGGCCAUGUCUCGGAGACCGCCGCCUCCCCGCACCUCCCCCGGCUCCUCCUCCCUCGGCAGGAGUGAGGCAGACGUCCAGCGCUCCAUGAGCACUGUGGCUCUGCUGCAAUGUCUGCCGGAGCCAGAGAGGGCCACCCUGUCCUUACUCCUGGACCAUCUGAGCCUCGUUGCGUCCUUCAGUGACUGUAACCGGAUGAACUGCCAGAACCUGUCUGUGUGUUUUGGCCCGGUGCUUCUGACCCCUACCCAGGAGUCCUGGAGGCCCGUUGCCCCGGGACAGGGGGGGCAGAGUGGAUGCGGGGGCAGCUCCGGGCGGGCGGGACGGAGCUUCACUCACAGUGAGGAAAUUGCCAGCGCUGUGGACUUCAAGAGACACAUCGAGGUCCUGCAUUACCUACUGCAGCUGUGGCCCAUUCCUCCAAACAGACUGACGGAUGGUCUUGACACUGCCAACCUCAUCCAACCCUCUUCCGGUUCAGACCCGCCCCCAUCCCCUCCUAGACCCACGCCCCAUAACCCUUUGCGGCGGCGCUGCCAGCGUGGACCGCCCCUGCGCCUGGACCUGCCGGGAGACGAGGUGGGUGUGGUGUCGCGGCGCGGGCGAGGCCGACUCGAGAGCCCUCCAUGCAACCGGUAUGCAGGUGACUGGAGCGUGUGCGGGCGGGACUUCCUGUCUGGAGGCGAAGCAGACUACGAUGAGGUGGCAGGGAGCGACAGUGACGAAGAGGUGGAGGUGAAGAAGGUGGAUUGGACUCCGUACGUAGACGACCUUGUCCUGGACUUUGACGCCCCAUUUACCUGCAGACUGAGUCUCAAAGACUUUGAUACAUUAAUAUCAGACCUGGAGAGAGAGCUAUCCAAACAGAUCAACAUCUGUCUCUGAAAGAGAGGGAAGGAACAUUAGUAUUUCAAUUUUUUUUAUAUAGGAAAAGACCAAAGACGACAAGCAGUGGUAUUUGCUUUAGCAAUGUCGAAGCGUGUUUAACUGUUCCAAAAUGUUUAAAAUUACUUCAUUCACGGUGUUAUCUUCUGAUUCAAAAUAAUUGCUUCAUUCAUGGUGUCAUCAUAUGAUUCUAAAUAAUUGCUUCAUUCAUGGUGUCAUCAUAUGAUUCUAAAAGCUGGUUCUUGUAAUCUCUACAAACAAGUGAUAACAUUAUAUUCUUUGAACAAGGACAUUCCACUUUGAGAGAAAAUAACAAGUUAAAAAAACACAAACAUCCUUGACAAUUCUUUGUUAAUAAAAUAUGGCUCUCCUUUUAAUUUUGGACUGUAAUAGAAGUAUUCGUUCCUUGAUGUUGUUAGUCAAAUGCUUGUGCCAAAAACAUUUAUUUAUUUCUCCCAAAGAAGUUGGAGGUCGGUUUUCUUUUUUAGAAGGAUUUGUUGAUGUAAUUCCUAUUAUUUAUUAUCUAAAUUUCAGUGAAAGAUGAAGUUAAUAUCUAAAUUAUAAUGUUGUUAUAAGGAUUUCGGACUAAUAGUGCAUUAAAAUAUUUGAUGAGAUAUCAGAAAAGAUAUUUUUGUUAAUCACAUUCAAUGUGCCUUUUGCACAUUGAAUGUAUGCACACGAAUCACUCCAUGCUGCCAAAAAUAAUCAAAUUCUUGGUUGAUAUUGAGACCAUAAUGUGAAUUUAUUAACUGAGUUGGAUUUAGACAAGCAUACACCUUGCAGCUAAAUUCACAAGUCAGACACACACACACACACACAUAUAUAUACAAGAUACACACUUUCUCUUAGGCAUAACAGUGUGUUUUUGCUGUGGGAUCAAAUUCUUUAUCACAUUCAUUCAUUAAUCUGUCAGCCUGACCAAAAAACCUAUUUUGAAACUGUAUUGCACUUCUGUACCAAGUAACAAUAUUGUAAUACUUUUAUAUUUUGUAAUGUUUUGUAAUAUUUUGCUGCUUACUUGUUCAUAAUGCAGUAUGCAUCAUUGUUGUGAUCUUUGUGCACGGUACAGAAACAUUUUACAGUAUUUUGCGAACUGUGAUUUUUUUGUGGGAUUUUUUUCAAGCCACAGAAGGAAUGAAAGGGCCAUAAUGGAGAGUUGCUUGCUCCGGUUUGUUUUGUACAACUUCAGUAUUUGUAUUGUGUAUUGUAUAACAGUAUUACAUGGUAUUGCGCAUCUACCAUAAGCACUUAAACGUUGUCCUAUGCAUAUCUGUAACCAUAUUCAAGUACACUAUUCUUGCUAUAAAUGUGCAGUAUUGUUUGCCAAACAGUGUUAUCAACCAAAAAAAAAUAAAGCACAAUUAUAUAUUUACAAA